UUACAAAUACGCAAACACUCGGACUACGAAUAAUGUCUGUGGUAGCCAACUUGUAACAUCUAUGCAUAGUAAAAAAGAAGGAAAUCUGACCAGCUGUGUGUAAUCUUUGUGGGGAGGUUGUUUUAUACGUGGUGUUCCAGUGUGUGAAAAUUUUUACGAUGGCUGAACCAAUUCGUGUGGUUGUUACUGGGGCAGCCGGACAGAUCGCAUAUUCGCUACUGUAUCAGAUUGGCAGUGGCGAAGUAUUCGGCAAGGAUCAACCACUUAUCCUUCAUCUUUUGGAUAUUCCACCCAUGAUGUCAGUAUUAGAAGGCGUCGUCAUGGAAAUAGCUGAUUGCGCUCUUCCUCUCGUGAAGGAGGUAGUACCCACAGCGGAUCCAGCUGUCGCAUUCAAAGAUGUGGAAGCGGCUUUUCUUGUAGGUGCUAUGCCACGUAAAGAGGGCAUGGAGCGGAAAGAUCUACUGUCUGCAAAUGUGCGUAUCUUCAAAGUACAGGGUGAAGCACUCGACAAAUAUGCCAAAAAGUCAGUUAAGGUGCUUGUGGUCGGUAAUCCAGCUAACACUAACGCGUUAAUCUGCUCAAAAUAUGCUCCAAGUAUCCCACGCCAGAAUUUCUCAGCUAUGACAAGAUUAGAUCAAAACCGUGCAAAAGCCCAGAUUGCAGCACGCCUUGGGAUUGGUGUAUCAGCUGUUCGCAAUGUUAUUAUUUGGGGAAAUCAUUCAUCCACACAGUUUCCUGAUGCACGUAAUGCCACAGCUGACAUUGGAAAAGGUGCACCUGUGCCUGUCUAUGAAGCUGUCAAAGACGAUGCUUGGCUGCAAGGAGACUUUGUGACGACAGUUCAGAAGCGUGGAGCAGCUGUCAUUUCAGCUCGUAAGAUGUCCUCUGCAAUGUCUGCUGCAAAAGCUGCUGCUGACCACAUGCAUGACUUGUGGUUUGGCACAGCACCUGGCGAAGUUGUAUCCAUGGGUGUUAUCAGCGAUGGAUCAUAUGGAGCUCCACCAGAUGUUGUUUUCUCCUUUCCUGUUACUAUAAAAAACAAACAAUGGGAAAUUGCUCAGGGACUGCCACUGGAUGAUUUUGGUAAAGAAAAAUUGGCGAUUACUGGCAAGGAGCUACUGGAGGAACGCACUGAAGCACUUGCCGUAUGUGAAUCUUGCAAUCUGUAGGGAAUUGCAGGACGAAUUAGUAAUGAGGGAAGCGCAGUGAGGUCUCUGGAUCAGUGAGUCAGACCACUAGUAAAAGGAUUACAUUGCUUUUCAUUAUAUUUAGUGCCAAAGAUAGUGAAAGGAAUAUGUAAGUUAUUGCAUUUUCUUGUUUCUCAUUCCCAGCUUAUUGGCUCAAGGAAGAGUAAACUAAGGUAGUGUUACAUCAGUGAUACUAUACUCGCAGCUUUUAAUAAGAUUGACACUGCUUUAUCAGUAUAUAUUUGCAGUUCAGUGGGCAUUCCAGUGCUGAAAAACUUGCUUAUAUGGUUACUUUUUAUGUGCAUCGGUAAUACGAUUUCACAUUGCUUUCUCUUUUAUACUCCAGUUUUUUUUUUUUGCCUUUUAAUUAUUGCUGUGCGAAUCAGUGUAGCUUAACCUCCCACCCCCCCCAUUUUGAUGGAUGAAAAUGUAAUGUUGUUUUAUAAAUGUCAGAGGAAAAAUAACCACCUGUUAUGUUACAGAUUAGAAACUAUUUUUAUGUAUAUAAAAUGAACUUCCUUUCAUAAAACAUGGUGCAAUUUGUAUGAGAUUUUACAAAGGUUCCUAGGUUCUUCACUAGAUUAAGAAGCUGUUAUAUAACUGAAGAUUGUGAUACUCGUUUUGACAAUUCUCACCCACUGCCAGAGGCUGUGUGUUUCCCUACUGUGUUAUUCUUGUGUUAAUGUACUCGCUGACAGCCUCACAUCACACCUUUCCAGGGUCCAUUGUGCAAGCUAGUUAUGAGCUGUAGCUAGUGAGAUACACCUAGGUAAUAUGAAUACUCAGGUAGAAUCAGUUCCAUAUUUUUGUUUUAAAAUGAUGUUAAACAUUGGAAAGAAAAUGUUUGUUUAAAAUCUUGUUAAAGUUUAUAUGUAUAUAAAUUUGUUAUUUCACUUUGGGAAUAAAUUUGUUAAUGCAGUUGA